AUGUGCUGAGGCUGGAGAAGUGGGGGCUGGAGAACUGGAGAAGUGGGGGCUAGGAGAACUGGGGACUGGAAAGGGGGGGCUGGGAGAAGUGGGGGCUGGAGAAGUGGGGGCUGGAGAACUGGGGUCUGGAGAAGUGGGGGCUGAAGAAGUGGAGGCUGGAUAAGUCGGGGCUGGAGAAGUGGGGACUGGGAGAAGUGGGGGCUAGAGAAGUGGGGGCUGGGAGAAGUGGGGUCUGGAGAAGUGGGGGCUAGAGAAGUGGGGGCUGGAGAAGUGGGGGCUGGAGAAGUGGGGGCUGGAGAAGUGGGGACUGGAGAAGUGGGGGCUGGAGAAGUGGAGGCUGGAGAAGUGGGGGCUGGAGAAGUGGGGACUGGAGAAGUGGGGGCUGGAGAAGUGGGGGCUGGGAGAAGUGGGGGAGGCUCUAUCUAGCUCACUGCUCUGCCACCAAGGUGAAGGGCCUGUCUGUGACCAGCGGCUGAGAGCCCACAGCACAGCGGAGAACCCCAGAGGCAGGAGCGAGAGGACCAUGAUUUUGCCCGGGGGCUGCCCUUGAGAUGGAGUUGCUGCCUCUUUGGCUCUGCCUGGGUUUUCACUUCCUGACCAUGGGCUGGAGGAACAGAAGCGGAACAGCCACAGCAGCCUCCCAAGGAGUCUGCAAGUUGGUGGGUGGAGCCGCUGACUGCCGAGGGCAGAGCCUUGCUUCGGUGCCCAGCAGCCUCCCGCCCCACGCCCGGAUGCUCAUCCUGGAUGCCAACCCUCUGAAGACCCUGUGGAAUCACUCCCUGCAGCCUUACCCUCUCCUGGAGAGCCUCAGCCUGCACAGCUGCCACCUGGAACGCAUCAGCCGCGGCGCCUUCCAGGAGCAAGGCCACCUGCGCAGCCUGGUCCUGGGGGACAACCGCCUCUCGGAGAACUACAGAGAGACGGCAGCCGCCCUCCACGCCCUGCGGGGCCUGCGGAGGCUGGACUUGUCGGGAAACUCCCUGACGGAGGACAUGGCAGCCCUCAUGCUCCAGAACCUCUCCUCGCUGCGCUCCGUGUCCCUGGCGGGGAACACCAUCAUGCGGCUGGACGACUCCGCCUUCGAGGGCCUGGAGCGCCUCCGGGAGCUGGAUCUGCAGAGGAACUACAUCUUCGAGAUCGAGGGCGGCGCUUUUGACGGCCUGCCUGAGCUGAGGCACCUCAACCUGGCCUUCAACAACCUCCCCUGCAUCGUGGACUUCGGGCUCACGCAGCUGCGGGUCCUCAACGUCAGCUACAACGUCCUGGAGUGGUUCCUCGCGGCCGGGGCAGAGGCUGCCUUCGAACUGGAGACGCUGGACCUGUCUCACAACCAGCUGCUGUUUUUCCCGCUGCUGCCCCAGCACAGCAAGUUGCGUACCCUCCUGCUGCGCGACAACAACAUGGGCUUCUACCGGGACCUGUACAACACCUCGUCGCCGAGGGAGAUGGUGGCCCAGUUCCUCCUCGUGGACGGCAACGUGACCAACAUCACCACCGUCAACCUCUGGGAAGAGUUUUCCUCCAGCGACCUCGCAGAUCUCCGCUUCCUGGACAUGAGCCAGAACCAGUUCCAGUACCUGCCAGACGGCUUCCUGAGGAAAAUGCCUUCCCUCUCCCACCUGAACCUCAACCAGAAUUGCCUGAUGACGCUCCACAUUCGGGAGCACGAGCCCCCCGGAGCGCUCACCGAGCUGGACCUGAGCCACAACCAGCUGUCGGAGCUGCACCUGGCUCCGGGGCCGGCCAGCUGCCUGGGCAGCCUGCGCUUGUUCAACCUGAGCUCCAACCAGCUCCUGGGCGUCCCCCCUGGCCUCUUCGCCAAUGCUAGGAACAUCACUACACUUGACAUGAGCCACAAUCAGAUCUCACUUUGUCCCCUGCCAGCUGCCUCGGACCGGGUGGGCCCCCCUAGCUGUGUGGAUUUCAGGAAUAUGGCAUCUUUAAGGAGCCUGUCUCUGGAGGGCUGUGGGCUGGGGGCAUUGCCAGACUGCCCAUUCCAAGGGACCUCCCUGACCUACUUAGACCUCUCAAGCAACUGGGGGGUUCUGAAUGGCAGCCUCACCCCACUCCAGGAUGUUGCCCCCAUGUUACAGGUCCUGUCUCUCAGGAACAUGGGCCUCCACUCCAGCUUUAUGGCGUUGGACUUCUCUGGGUUUGGGAAUCUCAGGGACUUAGAUCUGUCGGGGAACUGCUUGACCACCUUCCCAAGGUUUGGGGGCAGCCUGGCCCUGGAGACCCUGGAUCUCCGUAGAAACUCGCUCACAGCCCUUCCCCAGAAGGCUGUGUCUGAGCAGCUCUCGAGAGGUCUGCGGACCAUCUACCUCAGUCAGAAUCCGUAUGACUGCUGUGGGGUGGACGGCUGGGGGGCCCUGCAGCAUGGGCAGACGGUGGCCGACUGGGCCAUGGUCACCUGCAACCUCUCCUCCAAGAUCAUCCGCGUGACGGAGCUGCCCGGAGGUGUGCCUCGGGACUGCAAGUGGGAGCGGCUGGACCUGGGCCUGCUCUACCUCGUGCUCAUCCUCCCCAGCUGCCUCACCCUGCUGGUGGCCUGCACUGUCAUCGUCCUCACUUUUAAGAAGCCUCUGCUUCAGGUCAUCAAGAGCCGCUGCCACUGGUCCUCGGUUUACUGACCUGGCUGUGUGCCAAGACUCGAAAUUCGGUCCGCACACAACAGGACACUUUCUCUGCCGGCUUUCAAGAUGUGAUGCAGAGGCCAAGUCUGACGAAUUGAAGUUUCAAUUAAAAUUUAACAUGUUUCCAUUCCUCAUCGCCCACCCCCCACCCCCACCCCCACCACCGCCCAAGUUCUUUUUCCAUCAUUAUAAUUCAUCCUCAUUAUCUUGGUAAAAUAUUUAUUAAGUGACUUUUUUAGAAAUAAAAGGCAACGUGUCUCAUAAAUAUUUUUUAAAUUAAA